UGGCACUUUGCGAUGGGCUGGCGGCAGCGGCGGCCGGACAGCAGCUGGGACCGACGCGAGAACUGCAGCUAAGGGGCGAGGAGGAGGGACCAUGGCCGCAUCCAGCAACUCCAGUUUGUCCGGGUCGUCGGUUUCCUCCGAUGCUGAAGAAUACCAGCCUCCAAUAUGGAAAUCAUACUUGUAUCAAUUGCAACAAGAGGCACCACGUCCCAAGAGAAUCAUCUGUCCUCGGGAGGUGGAGAACAGGCCAAAGUAUUAUGGACGAGAGUUUCAUGGGAUCAUUUCACGAGAGCAAGCAGAUGAAAUCCUUGCUGGAGUAGAAGGAGCAUAUAUUCUUAGAGAAAGCCAGCGGCAACCCGGCUGCUAUACCCUUGCUCUCAGGUUUGGUAAUCAGACCUUAAACUACAGGCUGUUCUACGACGGGAAGCACUUCGUUGGGGAGAAAAGAUUUGAAUCAAUCCAUGAUCUAGUUACAGAUGGCUUGAUAACACUGUACAUAGAAACCAAGGCUUCUGAGUAUAUUUCCAAAAUGACAACAAACCCCAUCUAUGAGCACAUUGGAUAUGCCACUUUGCUUAGAGAAAAAGUCUCCAGGAGGCUGAGCAGAACAAAAACUGAAUCAAGAAAAGCAAGUGUAACCAGUGAAGAAAACACUCCAGUGGAAAAGAUCACCUCCUUGGUCAGAAGAGCAGCCUUAACUCAGAAUGACAACCACUUCAACUACGAAAAAGCACACAAUUUUAAGGUUCAUACAUUUCGAGGUCCGCACUGGUGUGAAUACUGCGCCAACUUCAUGUGGGGUCUCAUCGCUCAGGGAGUGAGGUGUUCAGACUGCGGGUUGAACGUGCACAAGCAGUGCUCUAAAUACGUGCCCAAUGACUGCCAGCCAGACCUGAAGAGGAUAAAGCGAGUCUACUGCUGCGACCUGACCACACUGGUGAAAGCCCACAAUACCCAGAGGCCCAUGGUCGUGGACUCCUGCAUCCGAGAGAUCGAAGCGAGAGGUUUAAAGUCUGAGGGGCUCUACAGAGUGUCAGGCUUCACUGAGCACAUUGAAGAUGUGAAAAUGGCCUUUGAUCGAGAUGGUGACAAGGCUGAUAUUUCUGCCAGUAUGUAUCCAGACAUAAACAUCAUUGCUGGAGCACUGAAGCUAUAUUUCAGAGACUUACCCAUUCCUGUGAUCACCUAUGAUACCUAUUCCAAGUUCAUAGAGGCAGCAAAAAUCUCCAACCCUGAUGAACGACUAGAAGCAAUACAUGAAGUGUUGAUGUUACUCCCUGCUGCUCACUACGAGACUCUUAGAUACCUAAUGAUUCAUCUCAAAAAGGUUACCUUGCAUGAAAAAGACAAUUUUAUGAAUGCUGAAAACCUGGGAAUAGUGUUUGGGCCUACUUUAAUGAGACCUCCAGAGGACAGUACCCUUGCUACGCUGAAUGACAUGCGGUACCAGAAGUUAAUUGUGCAGAUUUUAAUAGAAAAUGAAGAUGUUCUCUUUUAGACCAAGAGAGGCACUUGGUUUAAAAUCAUUCAUCUGAAGGAAAAAAACCACCAUUUCUUGACAUCUUUUUUAAACAUAAAGGAAAAAGUUCCUUGACUGCACUUCAGUUUCUGCAAAGCCGCAGAUGGAUGCCAAAAUGUGUUUAGGGAAGGCCUAUGUCUCAUAGACAUAUGCCUCUUCGUAGAAGGGAUGAAAACAAAAGGUCAGGAAAAAAAAAAUCCUCUUACCUUGUAUCUUUUGCAUUGCCUCAGAUGUAUAUUUGUUUUGAGAAGUUUCAAACAGUUGCAUUGUUAACUUAUUAAGAAACACAAAGCAUAUUUUAAUACGGCUAGAGGAGCAAAAAGGUACUUAAUCAGUGUUACUUGUAUGCACCUAUACAUUUCCCUCUCCACGAGACAUAAUUAUCUAUGUCAGUUGUGAAACAGAACCUAUAUUAUAAAGAUAUUUUUACUUUACCUAGCUGAAGGAAUGCAUUUUAUUUUAGCAAGCUAUAAAUCAAUGCAGUGCAUUGAUUAUUUUCCACUUCUCUCCCUCGUUUUUGCUAUGCUAUAUUCAAAACCAUUACCACAACUGCAGUAUUAUCCUGACAUACCUCUCUCAUUGCAAGUGUUUCAAAGGAGAAUUCUUUUCUUGUGUCUAUUGCAGCUUCCUUAAAUUUCUUUGCAUUUAGGCACUGGCAUCUUAAGGUUGUAUGUUUUUACCAUUUGCUAUUUCCCCAAAUAGAAAAAGUAUUAUAUCUCUUUUUGGUUUUUUCCCCUCCCAUGUGAAAUAAGGUAUUGAGAAUUUUUCAGAAGUCCUGGUGGUGGUACCAGCUUCACAUGCCAGAAUUUUUUUUCUUGGACUACAGUAAUAUGUAAAUUAAGUGAUGCUGGGACACUGGAUAUUUUCUGGCCUCGUUGAAAAGUUAGCACUUUCUGGGGUUAAUUAUGAAGGAUUUGUUGUUUGUUUUGUUUUUUUUUUUUUUCCUGUAAAAAUUGAGUUCUGUUUUGUCAUGUUUCUGUAUUUAUAAAUGUACAGUAAAUCAUAGAAUCAAGCAGGUUGGAAGAGACCUCCAAGAUCAUAGGAUGUUAGUGGUUGGAAGGGAUCCAAAGAGAUCAUCGAGUCCAACCCCUCUGCUGGAGCAGGACAAUGCUAUCUAACACAGAUCACAGAGGAACACAUCCAGACAGGCCUUGAAAGGCUCCGGAGAAGGAGACUCCACAACCUCUCUGGGGAGCCUGUUCCAGUGCUCUGUGACCCUUACAGUCAAGAAGUUCCCCCUUGUGUUGAGCUGGAACCUCCAACCUAUCACCCAGCCCUAUCCAGUCAACUCACCCAGCCCUACCCAGUCAACUAGACCAUGUCACAUAGAUAUUUAUCUUGAAUGUGUUUCCUGAUGGUUUGAUUAAAAAAUUAAAAAAAGGAAAAUUAAAAAAAAAAAGGAAAAUAAAAAAAGAAAAAGAAAAAAAAGGAAGAGGAAAAAAGGAAAAGAAAAAAAAAGGAAAAGAAAAUAAAAAUAUAAGGAAAAAAAAGGAAAAGAAAAAGAAAAAAAUGGAAAGAAAAAAAAGGAAGAGAAAAAAAACAAAGUGUAGGAAAUGUGGGAGUUGAUAAAUUUAAUUAUUACCCAAUUUUAAUAUUUUUUCUCCCCUUACAAACAUUGACCUACAGAGUUCAUAAUCUAACUACAACUUAUUCCUCAUGUUAAGAGUCUCAGCAUAUGUUUCUGCAUAGAAAAUCAAGAUACUUUACUACCAAACUCAAGCUUCAAUACAGAAAAAGCCAAACCUCUAUCUAUCUAAUAAUCCUUCAUCUUGAUCAUUUGUGUCACAUGCUUGGUAACUCAGUGAUGCAGUUUCCUGAAUUAUUUCAGGGAGCAGAGGUUUCUAUUCAAAUUGAAAACAAAGAUAGGUGUAACUAUGAUAAUGAAGACAAGUGGAGGCAAUGACUGUAAAUUUGGUGUCUUCUAGAGAAAUAACUAAGGGCUAGAUAGAUUAACCCAGACUGCAGAGCAAAUGCUAAAUAGUCUUGAGUUCCCAAUACUUCCAUAGAUCCUCCUGCCUUGUACAGGAUUAUUUGUUGUAGGUUAUGUACUACUUAAUACUGUCAUAAAAAUGAUCUGGAAAUGGUUUUAUUUUGUGAAGUGAAAUAUGCUUUGUAAUUUAUGAUAGUGUAAAUGGAAGGAAAAAAAAAUCCCAUUAAAUGUGUUAAAGAGUU